AGGAACAGAACAGAUGAUUUUUAUCGUUCGUCAUUCAAAACAAUGCCUUGCUAGAAGUAAGCUGUCAAACCAGUUGAGCUUUAUUGCUGUUUGGUAAAAAAAAUCUCGAAUCAACUAAGGCGAGCAGGUUGUGAAUAAGAGUGGUGGGGAUUGUAGGGUGAUACCUGCUUAUAACCCAAUUGAACUGUUAGUCUUCAGCAGUUUCAGUUUGAACGUGGAAAGGUUGAGUGCUGUUCAACAUGCAACCACUUUGGUUUGUUGUCAUCUUAAUCUUAGGAUUAUCUUUCGCUGAGGAGCGAGAAGAAGGGGUUGGAAAUUUUUUUCUCAACCAACUCAAAGGUUUGGAUCUUGCCGAUAUGAAGAAAGAUAUAGAAGAAAUAAUUAAAAGAGACACUGAAGUAGUGCCAGAGCCCUCAGAAUCAUGGACAGGGAAGUGGUUUCCGGAAAUAACGACUGCAGCUCCAUCCAAGAGUGCGGCAGCAGUUCCUGCUGCCGGUGGCAUGGACGGCAAUAACAUGUGGCAGAUGAUCAACUCCACUUGUGAUGAUGGCAAGCAAAAUCUGACGGUGGAUUGGGAGCCCAACAGCUUUGACUACGAGUGCGAGGGCCCCUAUUUAGAACCGGACUCGAACGUGAAGGCGACGUUGGAACAGGAGUACAUACCACCAGCCUAUGUGGCUAGACAUGUCUGUAUGAAAUCGAAAAUUCCCUACGACCAAGAUCUUCCCACUUUUGGACCUCACAGACCAGCCUGGGCUAGGUACGGAGAAUAUACAUUCCUGCCCAUUCAGCGCUUCCUACACAACAUGGAGCACGGAGGAGUCAUCAUGCUUUAUCACCCAUGUGCCCAUCCUGCUCUCGUCAACAAGCUGAAGAAGAUUGUGAAGAGCUGCCUGUACAGACAUGUCAUCACUGCAUCAAGACUGGUGCCUCGUGACAGGCCGCUCGCACUGAUGACAUGGGGUUGGCGGCUCCUGAUGCCUACCGUGGAUACAAGUCUUGUCGUUGAGUUUAUCCGAGAACACGCUCUCCAUGGCUACGAAAAGACACACAGAGACGGAUUCUACGACCAGUUGCUGGUGGCACCGGCCACGAUUGUGUCCACUCCAGACGACCAAGAGAUCUGUCCCCGGUUCAAAGGUGUCUAAGUGUGACUUAGAUUCCCUGCUUAUUACAACUUAAAAGGGUGCUUCCACUGACAGCCACCUAUAGCUUAUACUAAUUUAUUGUAAGAUUACUUUUUAAGUGUUUGAAAACAGGUUACAGGAUUGUUCGCUUGGUGACAAGAAAAUUAAUCUUUUCCAAAUGAAGCAUUGUUAAGGCCUUGUGUGAAAACAAAGUUGCUUUGUUUAAUCUGCAGGAAUAAUUUGGGAAGCGAUGAAUUAUCUUAAAAUAAGUUUAACGCAGACAAUUUUAGACCUACUUAAUAAAAUCUAAUGCCAAAAAUUGUCUAAUAUGACUAUUUCUUGAUAAUUUGAGUUGUGUAUCCUUUUCAUUUUUCUAGACACAAAUAUGUUAAUUAAUAAUUUCUUUAUUGUUCAAGAUAAUUUGGAAGCAAUGAAAGGAAAGUUCUAGAAUGAAAGCUACAAUUAUCUAUUGUUAUGAACCAACAACCUUGAGUUUUGUACCAUAAAAUAAAACCAUAUUUAUUUCUUAUUUUUGAUCAAAGAUUUCUCAUUUUAAAGGUACUACAUUUUACAUAUCUAAAUGCUAAGGCAUUUUCUAUGAAAUGUAUAUGGUUUUCCAUGAUUGACGAUUUUAAUUUACAAAACUGUUGAAAUUUUAUACUGGAAACCUAGCUGUAAUCUAGGAAAAUCUGAAAGGCACUUGGAUACUUAUAAGCUGUAUCUUUUAAUUGAAAUAUCUAAUAAAUGCUAUAGCCAUAAAUAAAUGUUUACAAAAUGGUUUCAGGUUUAGGGUAAUGUUGGAUUUUUUUAUUCUUUUGUUUGGAAACAAAAUUAUAUUUAUUGUUAGGACAUGGAAAGUGCUGGGUAAGAACUCUCAUUUUUAGCAGGAAAAAUGUUCUUUAUUUUUAAUCGAGUAACAGCAUUUUCACAAUAUUUUUAUUAGCAUUCCAAAUUCAUCUUUGUCAUACAUAUCUUAGAUGAUUAGUCUAUCAGUAUUGACAACAAACUUUUGUCAAUCAUUAUUAUAUGUAUUCCGUAAACAAUCGGAAUCAGUAUUUUAAUAGGAUAAGAAGUUAAACUCAAGUUGUUGGUGAGAUAGUGGACUUCAGGUCACUCUAAAGAAAAAAUCACAUUCUAGACUGAUGUGAAGAUUAGUAGUACACAUGUGAAUACAGAUAGUCGGAUUGUCUGUCAGUAUUUCACACCUCCCACAAUAGGCUGAUGGUGUGUGAUAAGUAGUUAUUAUUCUUAUCAGUCUUUUUCUUCAACCUGCCCUCCAAAAUCUACAUUUUGA